AUGACUGCCGCAAACCAAACCCCAGAUUCCGCCGAAUCGUCUCCUCCCAGCUCUCCGACACAACAACGGGCACCGAUAUCUCGCUCGCACAGCGGUCUUGGUCACGAUGAGCGAACACCUCUACUCAAAAGCGCUGGUCGUUCUCGAAUACGACUACAGUCUGCUGCACUGGAAUCCGGGACUGCUCGCGGCCCCCGACUGUUGAGGCAUGCUAGCCAUAAUGGAAGCCUUCGGAGUGCUCGAAAUCAUAGUCGCGCCGGGUCCUGGGGACACCGCCUCGUCGGAGCCCUCACGCACAACAACUCGAUGGUGGAAUCUAAAGCGUCCAUACAAUCCGAGGACCGAGUUUGGUACGAUCAGUUUACCUCUACAGAUUGGGUGAGAGAUAGCAUCGCGGAUGCCCACCGAAUGAAAGCUCUGCGGAGCCGAACAGACGUACGAGGACGACUACUAGCAGCUUUCGAUGGGGCUCAAGGAUGGAUUUUAAGUGCACUUGUUGGUUGUAUAACGGCAUGUGUAGCAUAUAUGGUCGAUGUGUCGGAGGCUCCAGUGUUUGACUGGAAAGAAGGCUACUGUCACGAUGGGUUUCUCAUUAGCGAAAGGCAUUGCUGCCCUGGGGGAGAUAGAUGUGACGCCUGGAAGUCUUGGUCAAAUUAUGUCAAGCUGCCCCAUGUUUCAGAGACGGUUGUCGAAUUCAUAAUUUUCGUCAUUUUGGUGGUGGCACUAGCUUCAGCAGCGUGUCUCCUAACCCUCACCUCGAAAACUGUUGUACCAUCGACCUAUCACAUAGGAACCCUCGAUGAAAACUUAGCCGCGGUUUCAACGCAUGCAGAAUUACAAGAUGAUGGAGCUACUAGUCCUAAGUCGCAAGUGGAAAAAGAGCCUGCUGGCUCUAUGGUUUACUAUUCGGCUGCUGGUAGUGGAGUUGCAGAAGUUCGUGUUAUACUGAGCGGGUUCGUGCUCCACGGAUUUCUUGGAGUCAAAACAUUGGUCGUCAAAACUGCCGCCCUCAUUCUUAGUGUUGCGUCUGGAUUGAGCUUGGGCAAAGAGGGUCCUUUUGUUCACAUCGCCACAUGUAUUGGAAACAUUGCAUGUCGAAUGUUUGACAAAUACGACCGAAAUGAUGGAAAGAGAAGAGAAGUUCUGUCAGCAGCUGCCGCAGCCGGUGUUGCAGUCGCUUUUGGGGCACCUCUUGGCGGCGUUCUGUUCUCGUUAGAAGAAGUCGCCUAUUUCUUUCCUGCCAAAACCUUGUUCAGAACUUUCUUCUGCUGUAUAACGGCAGCACUGUCACUCAAGUUCCUCAAUCCCUACGGAACGAACAAAGUGGUAAUUUUCGAAGUCCGAUACUUGACAGACUGGGACUUUUUUGAACUUGUGGGAUUCGUUGUGGUCGGUAUGGUUGGGGGAGCUGUUGGUGCUCUGUUCAUCAAGGCGUCCCGCGCAUGGGCAAAAUCCUUUCGCAAAAUCACGAUCGUGAAACAAAAACCACUAGUCGAAGUCAUGUUGGUUGCUUUGAUCACCGGGUUAAUAAGCUUCUGGAACCCAUUUACGAAAUUGCCAGUCGCGAAACUACUGUUCAACUUGUCGAGUCCUUGUGAUAUCAACAAGGAGGAUGAGAUGGGAUUGUGCCCAAAAGAUCUUGACGACAUCUUCCCGAUCAUCAGAAGCCUUGCCGUGGCAUUUUUCAUCAAGGCCUUUUUGACGGUAAUCACAUUUGGAAUUAAAGUUCCCGCUGGUAUCUACGUCCCAUCUAUGGUUGUUGGUGGAUUAGUCGGCCGAAUCUUUGGACAUUUGCUGCAGUGGACUGUUCUACGAUUUCCAACGAAUCCAGUCUGGGGUAAUUGCGCCGCACAUGCCGACGGAACCUCUUGUAUCACGCCUGGUGUCUAUGCACUUGUUGCUGCUGGGUCGACAAUGUGCGGUGUGACGCGUCUAUCCAUCACACUGGCCGUGAUCUUAUUCGAGUUAACUGGCAGUCUCGAUUAUAUCCUGCCGUUCUCGCUAGCUGUCUUGGUUGCCAAAUGGACAGCAGACUGGAUAGAGCCUUUGAGCAUUUAUGAUCUUUUGACAAAUCUCAACUCAUACCCCUUUCUAAACAAUAAGCACAAGCCGAUGUUUACUUCGACCCUUGCGGAAAUUGUUCCACGAGUUCGGCGAGAAAGAGUGAUAGAUAUCUCCAGCUCUCCCUUGGUUCCAGCUAGCAGUCUUCGGAACAAAUUAGAGAUUUUACACAAGGCCGGAGAGGUUGACGGAGGUCUCGCUAUUGUCCGCGACGAGGUUCUGGUUGGUUUGAUCCCAGCACCAGAACUUGAGUUUGCCCUUGAUGGAUUGCCUGAUGAGCCGGGAACGCUUUGUCUUAUGGUCAAGGUUACAUCUUUUGAUGAUUCUGAUGAUGAAGGAGACGAUCCUACCGACUUUACGAAGCAUAUUGAUCCAUCGCCUCUAACUCUCGACAUUCAUGCUCCAAUGGAUCUUGUAUACGAGUGCUAUGUUAAGCUGGGCCUGAGAUAUAUAUGCGUGACUCGUGAAGGGCGUUUCGCAGGAGUUACACACAAAAAGACGUUUGUGAAAUACAUACGUGAGAUGGAAGAGAAAGAUGAGCAUUGA